UUCAUCGUCUGUGUGAAUAUAAAGGAUUGAAACACUGCUUCCAGAAACGUCUGCCUGCACUCUGCAGAGCUUAGAAACGCAAAAAUGAUUUACUUGCUAUUAAUUAUUGUGUUUUUACUCAUAGCUUAUUAUAUUACUCAUAAGAUUUUUGUACAGAGGAAAACCUUCACAGGCAAAGCUAAACUCUAUGGGAAAACAGUCAUCAUAACAGGUGGCAACACCGGUAUUGGAAAGGCAACGGCUGCAGAGAUGGCCAAGAGAGGAGCGCGAGUGAUUUUGGCCUGUCGAAGCAAACAGAAAGGAGAGGAAGCAGUACAAGAACUCAAGAAAGAAACAGGGAAUGAUGGUAUCGUCUUCAUGCAACUAGAUCUUGCGAGUCUAAAAUCUAUCCGCUCUUUUGCUGAAACCUUCCUGAAGACCGAGCCCAGACUUGACCUUCUCAUUAAUAAUGCAGCAUUGGCCUGUCCAGGACGCACUGAAGAUGGAAUUGGUAUGGUCCUUGGUGUGAAUCACAUCGGUCCGUUCCUGUUGACCAAUCUUCUUCUGGAUCGUCUUAAGGAAUGCACACCAAGCAGAAUAGUGAAUGUGUCGUCUUGCGGUCAUGAUCUGGGCACCAUUGAUUUCGACUGCAUCAACACACACAAAAGACUUUGUCUGGGUUCCUCUGAUGGAGAUAUAUUUAAAGCCUACACCCACAGCAAGCUCUGUAAUGUGCUCUUCACUCAUGAACUGGCCAAGAGAUUAAAGGGAACCAAAGUAACCUGCUACAGUCUCCAUCCAGGGUCUGUAAGAACAGAACUCGGUCGUGACAUUAAUGAGUGGUUCACGCGCAUCAUCAAGACCAUUGUUACAAAGUUCUGGGCAACAGAUCCAGUGUCUGGAGCUCAGACGACGCUGUACUGCGCCCUACAAGAGGACAUCGAGCACCUGAGCGGGAAAUAUUUCUCCGACUGUCAGCAGGUCCAAGUCAAACCUGAGGCCAGAGACGAUGGUAUCAGCAAGAAACUGUGGGAAGUUAGCGAGAAAUUAAGUGGCAUGGCUUAAACAAGUACAUAGACAUAAAGUGAGGAGUUUUUGCAUUUUUGUACUUUACAUUUUUUAUUACACUACCUAGACUGAAUAUCUUUCAGGUAUCUUUCUUUCUUUAUGCUGCAGUUGGUUAAAAAAGUAAGUUGUAAAUGUAUUAAACUUGUUGUUUGUCAAGUGUUGUUUAUAUUUUCUAAAUAAAGAAAAACUCUUUCUGAACAAUCAAGUUUUAGGGGACAAGAUGAGACAUGUAGGCUGGCAAUAGGAAGUUAAGGAUUUGUCCUGUAGUGCCCAAUGCUUCUCACACCAAAUGAGCAGA